AUGGAUAAUUCAAUUGACUCCUCAAAUGAUCAGCGAGAGCAACGUAAAUACUCACUCAACCACAUAUCGAGUACCGAUGAGAAUAGCAAAAGGCGAUCUAUUACUAAUCCCACAAUACUACUUGGAAGUAUGGCUGAAUCGAUACCAAAUACGACAAACAAUUCCAAGAUAGCAAAGGAUCUAAUAGAUGACGACGAUCACUUUCAUUUGCCAAGUGACCUCAAUAAUUUAGCACUAGAUACUAUGAAUUCUUCUACACCUCAAAAAACUUCAAUUGUAGAUAGUAUUCUAACAAAGCCUAUAAUAGAGGAGGAUGAACAUACGCCAAAUGAGAUGGGAUUAGAUUUUAGGGAAGACGGCUGGAAUAUAGACACUAGUGAUAGUGUUUCAAGUAAAGAUAUCCCAACUGUAACUGCUGAAAUGACCCCAUGGAAAAACAAGAAAUCAAGCUCUUUAAUAGACCCACCCCCAAAUUUCAACAUACCUAAUAUCAAGUCGUCCGUAAAUUCAUCUGAACAUCUAAAACCUUUGUUAAAAUCAUCCCUAGAUAUGACAGAUAUUCAAAAAAUUGCGGACAAUGAUCGUCUUGAUUCUAUAACUAGAGAUAUCAAUCCUAUGGAAUACGAGAAGAUGAGACGAUCAAUCGCCUCCCUAAGAAUGAAAUAUAAUGCCCUUGUUGAAAUGAUAAAACAAAUAAAUCUAGGUGAUAACUUGGAGAAUGGGUUAAGCAAUAGCAAUAGGAGCUCUGUUUAUAAAAGGUUGCUCGAAAAACUUGAGAGGAAUGAUGACACAAGUGAUGUAAAGUUGGAAAAUGAAAAGCUUCUUACAAUAAUUACAGAGAAAGAUGCAACCAUUCAUAAUACACAACAUCAAUUAACUCAACUUCAGGAAGAAAAUGUCAUUAUAUUAAACAAUACAGAUGAAUAUAUAAAAACAUCAGAAAAUUUGUGCAAAAUUGUCGAUAAUGUACUCAGCUACAUAAAAAAUAUCGAUUUUAAAACUUUCCACUUAUCAGAUGAAGAGAAGAGCAUACUACAAAAGGCUAUAGACCUCAACUCAAAUUACUUCCCCGUAAAGAUGAACACUCUUGAGGCCUCGAUUCAUAAAUUGAUAACUAAUUUACAAAAUAGUGAAGAAAAUAUUCUAACAAUGAAGGAAAAAGAACAAUCCAGCCAAAGAGGUAGUAUAAUGGCGAACAGUACACAACUGAAUCAAAUUAUAACAGAAGAUAUUGGUGAGAAAAGUGUCGACCCCAACAUGGAAAUUAUAAUCCAAGAUUUACGAAAGGAAUACGAUAAUUUUAUUAAGAGUAUAGGAGAUAAAUUAAACAUGUCAUCACAGAUAGAAAAUGAAUUGAAGUUUAAAUUAUCAAGGCAAGAAGACCUUCUCCAUAAAAUAUCACUAAUCCGUAAGGAACAACAAAGUGACGUGAUAUUUGAUUCUCCCCAUAAUAUCGAAAUCGAAAAAAGACCAUCAUUGCCAGAAAAAAAUAUGGAACCUACUUUGGAUAAUUCAUAUAUUGAUCAUAUUAAAAGUUUAACCAUGCUAGCUGAGACCCAAAAAGAUAAAAUAAACGACCUAGAGUUACAGGUUGAAGACACCAAUCAAGUCAAAAAAGAAAACAAUAAAGUUCAAAAAGAGAAUAUACAAUUGAUGAGGAAAAUAGAAAAUAUCGAAGAGAUGAUUCAACAAAAGAACGAAAACUGGAAUAAUCUUAUCUCACAAUUAGAGGGGCAGGUUAAUGAACUUUUGCAUGAAAAGCAAGCUUUGGAAGAGUUAACUCAUUCACUUGAUAAUGAAAAUAAGAACGAAGAGCAAGCAAGAGAAAAUUUUGCAAAUCAAUUAAACGAUAUGAAAGAGCAUAUAGAAUAUUAUAUAAAGGAAAAUGAAAAAAUACGUGAAUCUAAUGACAGUCUAAGAAGCAUGGUCUUGCAGGUUAAAGCAUCUCAAACUAAUACAAUAAAUAAACUUGACACCGAAUUUAAUAAUUUCAAUCAAAAUCUAUUACUCCAUUUUCUUAAAGUAUUCGAAAUUCUAAAAAAUAUUAUUGAAAGACACUCCAUUGAGCAAUCCAUUCAAAAGGUGGAGAAACUGAGCAGUAUAUCAAGUUUAGAUAAUCUGAAAGAUGCUGGACCUAAGUUUGAGGUAAUUUACAUAUUUAUUGAAAUGGCCCUUGAGUCAAUAAUCCAGUCAUACACUGAAAUACUGGUAGAAACCGCACCUAUAACAAAAAAUAACUUCAGUAAUUCGAAACCUGGCAAUUCGACAAAUCAUGACAUGCAAAUCAAGAUUAAUGAGCUACAGAAAAGAUGGACAUUUGAACGAGAGAGGCGAAAACUUGAUGCAACAGCAGCAGAAGCUAAAAUUACAAAAUUGCAAAUUGAAAAUGAUUUACUAAAAGAGCAAAUAUUUAAUGCAUCCUUAAAUGAUUGA